CGGCGGCCCGGGGCUCCUCCCCUCGCCGCCCGCCAGACGGGGGCUGAAGCGGCGGCGGCGGCGGGAGGCGAUGGUGCGUCUGGCGGAGGCGGUGGCGGGCGCCGCUCCGGCUCCUCCAUCUCACCCCGCCGUCGCCAUGGGUGUGCGUAGGGCCCUUAGGCCUGCGCAGAUAUGAGGCAUCUAUUAACAAGCUAAAAGUGACAGAACCAUGGCUCAGUUUCCAACACCUUUUGGCGGCAACCUGGAUAUCUGGGCUAUUACUGUGGAAGAGAGAGCUAAACAUGAUCAACAGUUCCAUAGUCUGAAACCAAUAUCUGGAUUUAUCACUGGUGAUCAAGCUAGAAACUUUUUUUUUCAAUCUGGGUUACCUCAACCAGUGUUAGCACAAAUAUGGGCUCUAGCUGACAUGAACAAUGAUGGGAGGAUGGAUCAGUUGGAGUUUUCAAUAGCUAUGAAACUUAUCAAAUUAAAACUACAAGGUUAUCAGCUCCCGUCUGCACUGCCUCCUGUCAUGAAGCAGCCACCUAUUGCUCUGCCUAGUGCACCAGGAUUUGGUAUUGGGGGCAUUGCCAGCAUGCCAUCUCUUACAACUGUUGCCCCAGUGCCAAUGGCAUCUAUUCCAGUAGUAGGAAUGUCUCCACCGUUAGUAUCUUCAGUUCCUGCAGCAGCAGUACCUCCCCUGGCUAAUGGAGCUCCUGCUGUUAUACAGCCUCUGCCUGGUUUUGCUCAUCCUGCCCCGUUGCCAAAGAGUUCUUCCUUUAGUAGAUCUGGACCAGGAUCACAGCUAAAUGCAAAACUGCAAAAGGCACAAUCCUUUGAUGUGGCUAGUGUGCCUCCUGUGGCAGAGUGGGCUGUACCUCAGUCAUCAAGACUGAAGUACAGACAGCUGUUCAAUAGCCAUGAUAAAACAAUGAGUGGACACUUAACAGGUCCACAAGCAAGAACGAUUCUCAUGCAGUCAAGUUUACCCCAGACUCAGCUGGCUACAAUAUGGAAUCUUUCCGAUAUUGAUCAAGAUGGAAAACUUACAGCCGAAGAGUUUAUUCUGGCUAUGCACUUAAUUGAUGUUGCUAUGUCUGGUCAGCCACUGCCACCUGUACUGCCUCCAGAGUAUAUUCCACCUUCGUUUAGAAGAGUACGCUCUGGUAGUGGCUUAACUGCUGUAAGUUCAGGAUCUAUAGACCAAAGGUUACCAGAAGAACCAGCGUUAGAAGAGGAACAGCAGCAACUGGAAAAGAAAUUACCAGUUACAUUUGAAGAUAAAAAGCGGGAGAACUUUGAACGUGGCAAUCUAGAACUUGAAAAACGGAGGCAGGCUCUCCUGGAACAGCAGCGCAAAGAGCAAGAGCGUCUAGCACAGCUGGAACGGGCAGAGCAGGAGAGGAAAGAACGUGAGCGGCAGGAGCAAGAACGGAAAAGACAACUGGAGCUAGAGAAGCAGUUGGAAAAACAACGGGAAUUGGAACGGCAGCGAGAAGAGGAAAGGAGGAAAGAAAUAGAAAGAAGAGAGGCUGCAAAACGGGAACUUGAGAGGCAACGGCAGCUGGAGUGGGAGCGUAAUCGCCGGCAAGAACUACUAAAUCAAAGAAACAAAGAACAAGAGGACAUAGUUGUUUUGAAGGCAAAGAAGAAGACCUUAGAAUUUGAGCUGGAAGCUCUAAAUGAUAAAAAAAAUCAGUUGGAGGGAAAGCUUCAGGAUAUCAGAUGUCGGCUGUCUACCCAAAGACAAGAAAUUGAAAGUACAAAUAAAUCUAGAGAACUGAGAAUUGCAGAAAUCACGCAUUUGCAACAGCAGCUACAGGAAUCUCAGCAGAUGCUUGGAAGGUUGAUUCCAGAAAAACAGUUGCUUAAUGACCAGCUAAAGCAAGUUCAGCAGAACAGUUUGCACAGAGAUUCUCUUCUUACUAUCAAAAGAGCUGUAGAAGCCAAGGAACUAGCACGUCAACAGCUUAGAGACCAGCUAGAUGAAGUAGAAAAAGAAACCAGAUCUAAACUUCAGGAAAUUGAUAUUUUCAAUAAUCAACUGAAGGAGCUGAGGGAAAUACAUAACAAACAGCAACUACAGAAGCAAAAGAACUUGGAGGCUGAGAGGCUGAAGCAGAAGGAACAAGAAAGGAAGACAGUAGAAAUAGAAAAGCAAAAAGAAGCUCAAAGGCGAAUCCAGGAACGGGAUAAACAGCGGCUUGAUCGAGCACAACCAGAAGAGGAACUUCAGUGGCAAAAAAAAAUACCGGAAGAUGAAAAGCAAAAAAGGGAAGAAGUAACCAAGAAGAAGGAGAGUGAGGAUAAGGGGAAGCAGGAAAUGCAAGAGAAACUGAGUAAGCUUUUCCAACCACAGCAAGAGUCAAUCAAGCCAGCUAUCCAGGCUCCUUGGUCAAAUGCAGAAAAAGCUCCUCUAACCAUUUCCUCUCAGGAGGAUGUAAAAAUAGUGUAUUAUAGAGCACUGUAUCCUUUUGAAUCAAGAAGCCACGAUGAAAUCACUAUUCAGCCUGGCGACAUAGUCAUGGUGGAUGAAAGUCAGACUGGAGAACCAGGGUGGCUUGGUGGAGAAUUGAAGGGGAAAACUGGAUGGUUUCCUGCAAACUAUGCAGAGAAAAUACCUGAAAAUGAAGUUCCAGCUUCUGUAAAGCCAGCAGUUGAGGCUGCUGCUGCACCUAAAGUUUCCGUGCAUGAAACUGCUACAUCAGUGGCAACUCCGGCUUCUACAGAGUGUAGCACAACUGCCAAUAAUUGGGCAGACUUCAGUUCAACAUGGCCAGCAAACACUAGUGAGAAACCAGAGACUGAUAACUGGGAUGCCUGGGCAGCUCAGCCCUCUUUGACUGUUCCCAGCGCAGGGCAGCUGCGGCAGCGAUCGGCCUUCACUCCUGCCACUGUUACAGGUUCAUCUCCCUCUCCUGUCUUGGGUCAGGGUGAAAAAGUGGAGGGGCUUCAAGCACAGGCUUUAUAUCCUUGGAGAGCAAAAAAAGACAACCACCUUAAUUUCAACAAAAACGAUAUCAUCACAGUUUUGGAGCAGCAAGAUAUGUGGUGGUUUGGAGAGGUUCAAGGACAAAAGGGAUGGUUUCCUAAGUCAUAUGUGAAGCUUAUUUCAGGCCCCAUUAGGAAGUCAACCAGCAUGGAUUCUGGUUCCUCAGAAAGUCCUGCUAGUUUGAAAAGAGUAGCAUCACCAGCAGCAAAAUCAACUAUGUCAGGUGAAGAGUAUAUUGCUAUGUAUACUUAUGAGAGUUCUGAACAAGGAGACCUAACUUUUCAACAAGGUGAUAUGAUUCUUGUGACAAAGAAAGAUGGCGACUGGUGGACAGGAACACUGGGUGAUAAAUCAGGAGUUUUCCCAUCUAAUUAUGUGAGACUCAAAGAUUCUGAGGCUCCUGGAGCAGCUGGAAAAACAGGAAGCUUAGGGAAGAAACCUGAAAUUGCCCAAGUUAUUGCCUCUUACACAGCAACGGGUCCAGAACAGCUUACUCUUGCUCCUGGUCAGUUGAUUCUUAUCAGAAAGAAGAAUCCAGGUGGCUGGUGGGAAGGAGAGCUCCAAGUUAGAGGAAAAAAACGGCAGAUAGGAUGGUUCCCUGCUAAUUAUGUAAAACUUUUGAGCCCUGGUACCAGUAAAACUACACCAACCGAGCUACCUAAAUCCACAGCAUUACCUUCAGUGUGCCAAGUAAUUGGCAUGUAUGACUACACUGCACAGAAUGAUGAUGAGCUAGCAUUCAAUAAAGGCCAGAUUAUAAACGUCCUUAACAAGGAAGACCCAGACUGGUGGAAAGGGGAGGUGAAUGGACAAGUGGGUCUCUUUCCAUCCAACUAUGUGAAGCUGACAACAGACAUGGACCCAAGCCAGCAAUGGUGUGCAGACUUGCAUCUUCUGGAUAUGUUGACACCUACUGAAAGAAAAAGGCAAGGAUACAUCCACGAACUCAUUGUCACAGAAGAGAACUAUGUCAAUGAUCUGCAGUUGGUCACAGAGAUCUUCCAGAAACCACUAAUGGAAUCUGAGCUGCUAACAGAAAAAGAAGUUGCUAUGAUUUUUGUUAAUUGGAAGGAGCUGAUUAUGUGCAAUAUAAAACUACUGAAGGCUUUGCGUGUGCGUAAGAAGAUGUCUGGAGAGAAGAUGCCAGUGAAGAUGAUUGGUGACAUCCUGACAGCACAGCUGCCACACAUGCAGCCUUACAUCCGAUUCUGUAGCUGCCAGCUCAAUGGGGCAGCCCUCAUCCAGCAGAAAACAGAUGAAGUCCCCGAGUUCAAGGAGUUUGUUAAAAGGUUAGCAAUGGAUCCUCGCUGUAAAGGAAUGCCACUAUCAAGUUUUCUACUAAAGCCUAUGCAACGGGUAACAAGAUACCCACUAAUAAUUAAAAAUAUAAUAGAAAACACUCCUGAAAACCACCCAGACCACAGUCACUUGAAGCAUGCUCUUGAGAAAGCAGAAGAAUUAUGUUCUCAAGUAAAUGAAGGAGUUCGGGAGAAGGAAAAUUCAGAUAGGCUGGAGUGGAUCCAGGCUCAUGUUCAGUGUGAAGGCCUGUCGGAGCAACUCGUAUUUAAUUCUGUUACAAACUGCUUGGGACCACGCAAGUUUCUGCACAGUGGGAAACUCUAUAAAGCCAAGAGCAACAAGGAACUGUAUGGGUUUCUGUUCAACGAUUUCCUCCUCCUGACUCAGAUCAUCAAACCUCUUGGCUCUUCUGGCACAGACAAGGUCUUCAGCCCCAAGUCUAAUCUGCAAUACAAAAUGUACAAAACUCCUAUUUUUCUAAACGAGGUACUAGUAAAAUUACCCACAGACCCUUCUGGAGAUGAGCCCAUCUUCCAUAUCUCCCACAUUGACAGAGUGUAUACUCUUCGAGCUGAAAGCAUUAAUGAAAGGACUGCCUGGGUUCAGAAGAUCAAAGCUGCUUCAGAACUUUACAUAGAGACUGAAAAGAAGAAGAGGGAAAAAGCCUACUUAGUUCGCUCGCAAAGGGCAACAGGCAUUGGGAGGCUGAUGGUGAAUAUUGUUGAAGGCAUUGAACUAAAACCUUGCAGGUCCCAUGGAAAGAGUAACCCAUACUGUGAGGUGACGAUGGGCUCUCAGUGCCACAUUACCAAGACCAUACAGGACACCCUCAACCCAAAGUGGAACUCCAACUGCCAGUUCUUUAUCAAAGACCUCGAGCAGGACGUGCUCUGCAUUACGGUGUUUGAGAGGGACCAGUUCUCCCCAGAUGACUUUUUGGGCAGAACAGAGAUCCGUGUGGCAGACAUUAAGAAGGAUCAGGGUUCAAAGGGACCAGUUACAAAGUGUCUCCUUCUGCAUGAAGUCCCAACAGGAGAGAUAGUCGUCCGACUAGACCUGCAAUUGUUCGAUGAGCCUUAGGAGGAAAGGCACCAAUGUUUUGUUUCAGUCUGAGUUGGCUGCAAUAGGUGUCUGCAGAAGCAAAACCUUGGUUGGUGCGGUAUGAAACUACUGCUUGCCCUUCACACAUUAGAGGGUUAUCAAAGCAAACAGGAGCAUCUUUGUGCCUUGAUAAUUCUCACUGGAAGAUGGAAUCCCAAUUUAGUGAGGAGAUCUCCCUCGAUUUCUCUGUGUGGAACUUGAGGUUAGUUUCCUGGGUUUAUGAAAUAACCUAGUUGUUCAUUGUGCUCCAGUCUGAAAGGCUGGCAAACCACAUAGGUUGCUGUAUUUGCUCCAGUUACCCUACUCUUUAGUUUACAUGAAGAAGGCAAUGUUGGUAUGUUUUGGAGGCUUUCUGCAGGGUUUUCCCCCUUAAGGAAUUCUGUGCCUAUUGCUCAGCAAAGUGGUGUGUAAAUGUAAUGUGAAUGGAAGGAGCAGUUAUGCAGUAAGAAGAUCUUAGAAGAUCUUCAUGGUGGUACUGCAAAGACUUAGAAAAUAAAUAGUCUAUAAACAGAGAAGAUUCUGUUAACAUACCACUUCAUGACUCUCGUUGCCCCUGAAAAUGAAUUAUGUACAGGCCUUCUGCACAGAGGUGAAUUGCACUCCAGAAGAGUCCACCCACUCACUACCUUUGGAAGUUGCUGUUUCUUAUAUGAGUGUUGAAGUUUGACCAGUAAGUGAAGGAUUAAACACAGAGCCCUGCUGAAUGUUGUGCUAUACCACUUUGAUACUACUUUAUACUCCUGCUGCUUGGCUGUGUGACUGCAGAUGAGGAAGACUGUGUGACUAUCACCUGCGGCGGGGAAGAAAAAAAGUCAUGGCUCUAGCUCAAGAAGCUAGUUUCUAUCCCACAGAGUCUAGUUUGCAAAGCAAUCAGUGGUGACCAGUUAUUAAAUGGUGCUGUGCCAGGCUGUGUCUGACAUCAUGUUACCCUAUCCAGGGCAGCAGCAGCGUUCUGUAGGUGUUCGUGGCAAGUUGGGGUGAUUGCGGGUUUGGUGGCAGCGAUACUGGAUGCAAGCAGAAACAGACUGAUGGUGCAGAGUGGGUAACCCCAAAGUCAAAGCCUUGUCAUCUGGGGGAGUGCCAGGGCUUAUUAAAUCCCUUUAACUCUCUGAAUACACACAGAUAGGCCCACAGCUGGCAAACUUUCAAUGUUUGGCAAAGCACCCAGCUUUAAGCGUGCACUUACGUCUUGUUUCCCUUAAGCACAGGCCUAAGUGCUUUGCUGAGUCUGGACCCGAGAGACAAGAGACCCCUAAGAGUAAAAUUCCUCUGCUUGGAUCCAUUUUGUUCAUGACCUAAUCAUGCAUACACUGGUAUUUUUGUAAGGACUUUAUUUCCAAAUGGGAGGUGUCAGCCUGUUUCAUUAGCAUGUGAACGUUCUUGUGGAGCCUGUUGUUAGAUUUUGGUGUUCCUUGCAUGUCCUUUCAGUACUGGUUUCCACCUUUCCUGUAUAGGCAGUGUUCUCUAGCAGUACAAGUCUUAUUGAUUUCCAUUAGGAAAUUAGGAUAUAUUCAUAACGGAUAGGUAGAAACAGUAUGGUAAUAAGUGUAAACUGUGCUGGGAAGUGUCUGUGUAUUAUAAUUUCCUAAAAGACCACUGUAAUGUUUCAAGCAAUGGGAUUGGAAAAAAAAAAAAAAAAAAAAAAAAGUAUGUUGGAGGGACAACAAAGUUUACAUUUCAUACUUUUCAGAAUCGCUUUAUUAUUUAUUUAUUGAAGAUAGUGUAGAAUUUUGUAUCAGAAAUGACAGACAUACUUAUGUAUUUUUUGAAACAAAACAGAGAUACACACUUUAGUUAGAAACUUUCAACUGACCACAUUUUAGAGGGAGUGUAACUUCCUAGGCAUGCAUUUGUUUACCACUAACUGGCUGAAAACACAAUUAAGAGAACUUUAAGUUUCUAUUUUUCAAUGUUGUUAAGAAAAUUGUUUCAAUUAAAAUAUGUAAAUAGUACUAAACCCAUGCUUUCCUAAUUCCAUAUCAAUACAUUUUAUUAAAUAUAAUGUAUAUGAAAAUACACAUUGUUGUGGUAGGAUAAAAAAAAGUGAUCAACAUCUAUUAAUGCAGUAACAUUAAAUGUCAUUGUCUAACCUUUUAUCGCUGUCCUAAUUUUACUCAGUAGCUGGAAAUAAUGGUGAACAUUUAUUUCAGUGUUUAAAAAACAGCAUUGCCUUUUUAUGGUAUCAUUCCACCAGCAUGAAUUACAGUAACAACUAACUAGAUAAACAGGACAAAAGAGACCGUGGGUGUCAUGCAGAAAUCCUGGCCAAGCUUUGGAAGGGAGCCUCAAGGAGCUGCACCUUCCUCUGAGGCUCAACUGGUGCUGGAAACUGGGACCCUUAGCUGCAGGGGCUCCUCUCAGAUUGUGACUCUUGCCAUGGGCAUGUGCAAUUGCACCAUUUUGGGGAGUUGUAACAGAACUGAGCACCUUCCCAACCACCAUCACUUGUAACUUCCCACUUACCCUUGAUGCCCAGCAGUGUUUGUCUCCUGUUAAUGUCAACAGGAGUUAUGCAAACAUGAUGAUGAUGAAAGACUGGGGUUCGGCUCAUGGAUCUGUACUGGUUCCCUCAUAAUCAGUCUAAUCCUAAAGGGGAAGCUUGUCUGUGCAAUUCCUGUGCAUCGAGGACAGGAGGUAUCUCUACCCUUAGAGUCAGCAGACUGUGCCCUGGGCUGUGGCUGUUGCCUCACCUGCUCGCCCUCAGUGCUCUGUAGCAUGUUGGCACCCUUGGCUUCCCAGACAGAACAGCUUUUUGCCAGGGUUAGCCAGAGGUUCUUAAAAACCCAUUGAUUCCUGCCUGGUUUUCCCUGUUCAGGAAUGCUACCAUCUUGCACAUCACUUUGCAUUAACUCCACAGCUGCACAGGCUACAGGUUUCUGUGUUUCUGCCCACUUGUAGCUGCACAGACCUUCUGCUCAUCUGGGACUUCAUGCUGUAAAAGCAUGGCCCUUUUACUGAAAAAAAAGAGACUCAGUAGCUGUAGUCCUACUAUGCUUUUGUAGAGAAAACUGCCAGCUCUCUUAAUAGGCUUGUUUAAAUACCACCUGUGUCCUGAGGAGUUUGGGGAAAAGAGAGGCACAGGGCAAUACCUGAGAACUGAGGUAUCUCUUCCUGUUUUUAGAAAGUCAGCUGGCAUGACCACAAUGUAUGAAGGUCGAGCUAUCCUCUUACAAGUGCCAUGUGCUGGCUGUCAGGCCAAACUCUACUUGUCUGUGCUCCUGGUAUAGAAUACCUGUAUUUAUGUAGAACCUUUUUUUUCAGAUCCUGGUUAUUGAUUUCUGAAUAUCUUGUAAAAUAGCACACCUUAGGUCCCUUUCCAGCCCCAUCAAGAUGUGUGUACACUUUUCCUACUGUUAUGCAAAACUGCCACAAGAACAGAAUUGAAGCCCAGAUAAUACUCGAUGACAUUUUGGAUGGAAAGAGCAGAUUCGUGCAGAUAAGCAUCCUCACUAUAAUGCAGAGAUUGUAAAUCUGUGUAUUGUGGAGUUCUGGGAAUGGUUUUCUGCAUUUCUUUUGGUAACAUUCAUCCUUGUAGAGAGGCUGAGUACAAGGACUCUCUGUUGCUUGUCCUUAAAAUGAGGCACUGGUGAGACAGAAUGGGUGCAUGGGCCACUGGGACUGGCCUUCAAGAUGGGGUUUCAUUUCUGCCUUUUCACAGGCUUUACGUUAUUGGAGAAGACCAUUUGCUUAGAAGUACUUAGUCAGCAUCAAACUCCUUGGCUGGCAACUGAGCCUUUCUAAAAAUAGUACUGUGACUUUUUAAUGCAUUCACUGCCUUCAUUGAAACAGUGGACUUACUUUUGAUGAACUGGGAGAGAAGAAAAUGUAAGGAAAAAAGAGUAAAAUCGGAAGCUGCGAGAAAACAUGCAAUAGAAAAAGUUGCACUGGUAAUUUGAUUUCCAAGCUGUAGUUCUGGCAAUUUUGUUCUUCCCUUACAUAUGUUCAUUUUAACAAGGAGAGUGGUAUUUCUUCCUAGUUCUUUCUUGGCUUUAGGUCUUGUAGUAGAACUGAGUUAACGGGUCAGAAACUGGAAGGGAACACCACCACUUUUAGAAAUUAUUGACAUGACUUUUGAAAAGUGGUGGUACCUGGGGAUGGGCAAAAUGUCAACACUGUGGCAGCAGUCAGGACAGAGGAAGGAAAGGAAUCUUUUUUUCUUUUCUUUGGAGAAGCAGGUUAGUUUAAAAUCGGAUCCAAAGUCUCACAGCAGAACUUCAGUCCUCCAGGGCAUCCAUAAUAAUAGUAAUAAUAAUAACAACAGUGACUAAUAACAAACCAUGUGUUUGUCCUCAGCCUGGGAGAACCACACUGGAUUUAGUGCAGCUCUGUAUUUAUGAAGGAGUCUGUAUGCACUUUUUUAUAGAAGUGGAGCUUUUCAGUGUUUUUAACAGCCCUUAUACUCAUCUUUCCAGGAAUUACCUUCUGAGAUAUACCUCUGAGGUGCUUACACACGUGUUGUUUCAAGAUGCUUUUGAAGGACUCGGUGGAUUUAUAAGCAUUGCUGUCAGGCUCUUUGCUUUCCUGGUGCCAUCCAGGCAGCUCUCACAAUCAGCCAGGAGGUACAUGCCCUUUCCAUACAGGGGCUUGUCUGCACCAGCACCCAUGUGCCAGGUUUCCAUUUCUCAAAGGACUUGUUUCCCCAGUCUAUAGCUGUAUGAGGUGUUUGCCAGUGAUGCUGUCAUACGUCAGCAGGGUGGAUGUCUCUUCUUUCAGCUGCAUUUAGGACCUCUCCAUCAUUGCUCUGAUUGCAGUAAAAAUUAGCCUGGUCUUGUCGAUCUGCCUCAAGAGCAUUUCCUCCCUGUGGAUGGGAGUCAGUUCUUCAGAGAUACCUCUCAGGGAAACCACCUGAGCUCAUUUUCCUCUGUGCUUGGUUGGAUGCAGCUGGAAGUCAUUAUGUUCAGAGCAGGUUCAGCUCUUCACCUUUCAGAGUCCACGCUGCCACCUGAGCACACAUCCCUGCCGUCCUUCCCAGCAGUGCCAGCCUGUGAGCUCCCACUGCCUAUCCUGCAAGCCUGCAGCCUCUGCUUCAUUCCUGGUAGAGCUGACGAUCAUGUUUGAGAUCACCCAAGUCCCCUCUUGGCCAUAAUUUUCCUGCCUGAUGAGCCAGUUGGCUCCUUCCAAGCCAAACACUGGCCACAUGGCAUGAACAAAUGCAGCAGGUGACUGGAAAAUGCAUCUCACCUCAUCUUACUGCCUUGCUCCAUUAGAGCCCCCUUAGGUUUUUCUUCUGAGUCUUACGAGUGCUCUGUCCUGUAAUUAAUUAAGUCCUUUGGAAGGCAUUGCUCUUUCCUUCCUUUUAACCCCAACCCUUGAAGCUCAGCUCUGUGCUGUUUUAGGGUCUCCUUUCCAGGCUUCUCGCUCACAGCUCACCUGGCAGCUGCCACCUCUGCCGCAGGUCUCCAGCCCCUGGCUCAAGGAAGCACUUCAGCAGAUGCUGAGCUUCAACUCAUGCCCCAAUUCGGUGCAAAGGUGUAGGUGAAACCAGCUGGGUGCCUGUGUGCUUUGUUGGGGAUACAUGGAAGAAUUCCAAAGGCAUUGCUAAUUGAAAGCUUACAUUAUGAAGUUGGUUCAAGCUCUGUACAAACCGUAAGAUUGCAAUAGAGCAUCAAACAAAAAGCCAAGAGUAAGAUCAAAUACAGAAGUAGUUUAUAUAGUCUUUGCAGCUGGAUCUGUUUUGGCCACUAAACUCACCAGAAUUGUAUUUACUGGGCAAAUAAUAAUUAAUAUACUUACAGAUUUCAAAACAUUUGGAAGCACCGUAAAAUACAAAACCACCAGGCUGACCUUGACCUUGGAAAUGCCAAGUACCUUGCCAAGUUUAGUGCUGGGAGAAAGCCAGCCCGUGAAGGCCUGUGGGGCUGCACACAGCCAGGGAUUGGUGCACUUGGGCACCUUGAAAGACACAGCAUGUCACCGAACUGACACUAAGCCAAAUGGCCAACAAAUUGCAGAACUUUUUUCUAGAUGCACUUAAUUAUUAUGUAUUUUCUCAACAUGCGUUUUUAUGAGGGAACUUUUUAAAUGUUAAUUUUAGAAUUUUUUCUACCCUUUAAAAAUAACAAGUCACUUUUUGUUAUAUGCGAGUAGCGCUGGGGAAGGGGAAACACUGUGGAUAAUGCAGUUUUUGUAAUUUAUUAAAUACAUUUUCACAACUAAGAUGUGACAAGUCCAGACUUUUCAUGCAACAGCCUACUUUCAUACAGCUCCAUUUGCCACUGUGAUACUUCAGUUUAUUAAAAUCCAGCAGUCAAAAUCCCUUGAAGCACAGAAAAGCUGCGAAUCAGGUUAAAUCACCUUAGCUUUGAGGGUUUUUUUCUGAAUGUACAUUCCACAUAUAUCCUUUUUUUUUAGCCCCAACAUUCCUGUCCUCUAUGCAUAUCAAUGUAUCUAUAGUUAAAUACAUGCUUAUAUGUGUGUGUGCGCGUGAGACUAUUUGUACAUAUAAAAAUACAGCUACCUUAUAAUUGUCAAAUACUGAGUAAAUCUAACAGAAAAGCAUUUAUAGACACCUAGUUUUCUUUGUUCAUUUAAAUAGUUUAAAAUAAGGACCAUCCUUGGGAAAAUUAUUUUUCUGUACAUAGGAGGAUAUAUUUAGGACUAAUUUAAAAGAAUAAAGAACUGCAGUAAGAGUAUGUUAAACUAGCCUAGUUGCUUGAUACAGUUGUCAAAGGCUCUGCUGCAACUGUAAGUAAAUUCCUUGUGCUGCUUGUAAAGCUGCAGGGGUGUCACUAACCCUGGAUUUAGCAGUUGGUUCUGGGAUCUUACUGUGUCGUGCAAGGGAGCUGGUGCUUUCCCUCAGACUAGACCCCCAGGCAGCAGCUCCUGCCUGUCAUGGAGAGUGCAAGGGAGUAAGGGGAAAAGGGAAGAAACAGGGCCAUCAGAAACAGGGGGAUCCCCAGAAAGAGGGGAUCUCUUCCCCCCUGCCCAAGAAACAUGGGUGGGUGUCCAUGAUGGACUGGUGAUGUAUUGGAAGGGAAAUUCAUCACCAGCUGUGGUGGCUGCUCCAUGAUAUAAUCUGGUUUUGUCAGGAGAAAGGGGGAAGGGCAGGUGCAGGACUGUAGCUUAGAAUUGGGGAAUCCCCCUCCCUGCUCAUGGUGUUACUUUUUAGUUCACUUUUUGCUGCCAAAUAAAUGGUAUCCAUUAGCUUUUUUUUUUCCUUAAAAAAAUGUAUUGUGCUGUCUAUAGUAUUCACAUGAGCCUAAAACUUACAAAGGAGUUAUAAAAUGUUAUGUGUGUAUCUUAAUUUCUGGCCAAAAAGGAGAAAAUGUUACGCUGUUUGUUUUUUUUUUUCCCUGAGAAAAUGUAGUUCAUAAUAUUGAUCCAUUAUCUCACAUCUAACUAUUUUGCAGUAAAGAGCUCAUACUGUGAAGGUGGUUUCUCUUGGGUUUUUUUUGAAGUAUUCAUAACAGACAAUGAAUAACUGCAAAUCAGAUGCCACUGUUUCUUUUAAGACAAUUUCAGCUGUACUUGGGUUGCUCUGAAUGUGUUGUUUCCUCAGCCACACUUGGUUAAACAACUCUAUUUACAGACAUGGUCCAACUAAGCAAAAGUCCUUAAAAUCUGUUCCUCUGUUUGAGGGAUUGUGCUGCUUCCCAGACUGCUGUCACCAAGGUGGAAACUGCUGUGAAGAGUUUAGGCUGUGCAGUUUGUUUGACACAGAUGAGACUGUAGUUGUGCAAGUGAAAUUAUGCAAGAAUAAAUCCAGGUUUUUUUAAAGUUUA